AUGAUAGAUGAUGUCAACAAACCUUUAUAUGCUGGUUGUAUGAAAUUUAGCAUAUUCUCAGCCAUCGUUGUGCUGUUCCAAUUGAAGACUCUUUGUCUUUGGAUGAACAAGUUAUUUACUAUGUUGCUUCAAGUCCUGAUGGAUAUGCUUCCUUCAGAUGCUAAGUUGCCAAAGGACCAUUAUGAGGCUAAGAAGAUAGUCCGAGAUUUGGGUUUCGGUUAUGAAAAGAUUCAUGCUUGUCCGGAUGAUUGUAUGCUAUUUUGGAAGGAGAAUGUUAACCUCGAGGCGUGUCCUUGUUGUAAAAAAAGUAGGUGGAAAAAGAAUGAGGCAUCCGUUACAGGUAAUAAUGCCUCAUCCAGUAAGGGAAAGAAGAAAGCUGCAAAGAUCCUACGAUGGUUCCCCUUAAAGCCAAGAUUGCAGCAACUGUUUUUGUCACCCGACCUGGCUAGUUCUAUGAAAUGGCAUGUUAAUGGUCGUACAGAUGACAGGGCCAUGCGGCAACCUACUGACUCAGAUGCAUGGAAAAUGUUUGACACCACGCAUUUACAGUUCUUGUCUGAGCCUCGUAAUGUCAGACUUGGAUUAGUUGUAGAUGGGUUCAACCCCUUUGGAAUUAUGAGUUCUACUCACAGCACUUGGCCUGUCAUGCUAGUCCCUUACGAUCUCCCGCCUUGGUUGUGCAUGAAACAGUCAUCCUUGAUUCUAUCACUACUUAUUCCUGGUCCUACAUCACCAGGGAUUGCGAUAGAUGUAUACUUGCAACCUUUAGUAGAAGAACUGAGGGAAUUAUGGGAUGUUGGAGUAGAAGCAUUUGAUGCAUCUUCAAAAUAUGUAUUCCAAUUGUGUGCAGCAUUGAUGUGGACCAUACAUGAUUUUCCUGCAUACAUAGAUGUGUCAGGUUGGAGAACGAAGGGUAAGUUUGUGUGUCCUUGUUGUGCCUCGGACACCGAUUCUCGAUAUUUACAACAUGGCCACAAAUUCUAUUACAUGGGACAUAGGCGAUGGUUGGAUAGUGACCAUGAAUUUCAGGAUGAAGAUACGUUAUUUGAUGGAUCUAUUGAUAUGCAAAUGGCUCCUGUGGCACCAGUUGCGUCAGACAUACUUGUGGAUACUGAAAGAAUAGUUGGACGUUGUCUGGGGAAGAAAUGUCAACUUCUUUAUAACAAAAGAAAGAGAGGUGAGGCAAACCAGUGUGGUUGA